GCGCUGCAGCUGUCCAGUGUUCCCAGGCGCGCAGCCUAGGGCGCAGGACCCGCGCCAGGCUCAGGGACUUUCACACGGCGCCCUGGUGGACAGACCGGCGGGACAGAGCGGCGACACCUCCGCGGGGGGCGGCCCAUGGAGCCCGGGCUGCUGCGGCCGGCGCCGGUGAGCGAGGUCAUCGUGCUCCACUACAACUACACGGGCAAGCUCCGCGGGGCGCGGUACCAGCCCGGCGCCGGGCUGCGCGCCGACGCCGCCGUGUGCCUGGCCGUGUGCGCCUUCAUCGUGCUGGAGAACCUGGCGGUGCUCCUGGUGCUGGGCCGGCACCCGCGCUUCCACGCGCCCAUGUUUCUGCUCCUGGGGAGCCUCACCCUGUCGGACCUGCUGGCCGGGGCGGCCUACGCCACCAACAUCCUGCUGUCGGGGCCGCUCACGCUGCGCCUGUCGCCCGCGCUCUGGUUCGCGCGCGAGGGGGGCGUGUUCGUGGCGCUGGGCGCGUCGGUGCUGAGCCUCCUGGCCAUCGCCCUGGAGCGCCACCUCACCAUGGCCCGCCGCGGGCCCGCGCCCGCCGCCGGCCGAGCCCGCUCCCUGGCGAUGGCGGUGGCCGCCUGGGGCGCGUCGCUGCUGCUCGGGCUGCUGCCGGCGCUGGGCUGGAACUGCCUGGGGCGCCUGGAGGCCUGCUCCACCGUGCUGCCGCUCUACGCCAAGGCCUACGUGCUCUUCUGCGUGCUGGCCUUCCUGGGCAUCCUGGCGGCCAUCUGCGCGCUCUACGCCCGCAUCUACUGCCAGGUGCGGGCCAACGCUCGCCGCCUCCGGGCGCGCACCGCCUCCCGCCGCGCCACCUCGUCGUCGCGGUCGCGCCACACGCCGCGGUCGCUGGCCCUGCUCCGCACGCUCAGCGUGGUGCUCUUGGCCUUCGUGGUCUGCUGGGGGCCCCUGUUUCUCUUGCUGCUGCUGGACGUCGCGUGUCCAGCCCGCGCGUGUCCCGUGCUCCUGCAGGCCGAUCCCUUCCUGGGGCUAGCCAUGGCCAACUCGCUGCUGAACCCCAUCAUCUACACCUUCACCAACCGGGACCUGCGCCACGGCCUCCUGCGGCUGCUCUGCUGCGGCCGGGGACCCUGCAACCGGGACUCCUCCAACAGCUUGCAGCGAUCCCCCAGUGCCGCUGGGCCUUCCUCGGGCGGUGGCCUGCGUCGCUGCUUGCCACCGAGUCUGGAUCGCAGCUCCAGCCCGUCAGAACACUCGUCUCCCCAGCCGGACAGAGUGGACACCAGCUGCUACACCGGCAGUCCCAGCGCAGCAACCGCCAACCGGACCCUGGUGCCAGCCGCUAAGGACUGAAGCUUCUCGGCCCGCUGUCGCCCUUCGCAAGAGCAGACUGAUUCUCCACACAAGCGCAGCACCUGUAGGAAACGGCGGACUAUGGCGGGGACAGGAAAGAAGAGGGGGAAAUGGAUUGACCGUCCCAGGAACAGACAAAAAUGCGUGUCCCUCAUGAGUCUGACACGGACGGCCGACAAGGGAAAAAGAAAGUGAUGGAAACGUAGAUUGGAAGUGACGGAACCUGAGCUGGGAGCCCCUGAAGCAGAGCCAGUGUGGCUGGAGCAGGAACCGAGGAGCAGCAGGGUGGGGAGAGGAAGAGGCAGAUGGGAGGGCAGGCUGUGGGAAGGCUUGUUGAUUCCGAGGAAGGCCCUUGGUUUGGCUCUGAGUCAAGUGGAAGCCACGGAGAAGUCUAAACAGUGAGGGACUCACCUGGAUCCAAACCGCCACAGGUGCCCUGCGACUACCAGGGCAACCGGAAGAUAAGGGAGUAGAGGGAAGGCUCCCAGCAUGGUCAGAGCCAGGUGACGUCUAAGCAGGCUGCGUAAGGGCAGGAUGAUGGGUGGCUGCAGAGUGGAGCAGCAUUGUGGAGAGAGACAUUAAUGCAAGCUUAGCUCCAAAAGUUUGACUUUGGAGCCUCAGCCAGAUCUGAACUGCCAAAUUUCCAGGAUGCGGACAGGUUCUUCAGGCAAAAUACAAGUACAAUAAAAACAAUUCAAGCAGCUGUCCUCACUAUGAUCUUUCGGAAUAAAUCCAUUCAUCUAUUUAUCUAUUGUUUUCCCUGGAGUGCCGUAAUCCUUAUCUUUGAAAGUGUUUAUGUAUUGGGGCUGGAGCGAUGGCUCAGCAGUUAAGAACGCUUGUUGCUCUUGCAGGGGACCUGCAUUCCGUUCCCAGCACCCACACGGUGCUUCACAACCAUUGGCAACUUCCAAGGUAUCCCGAUGCCCUCAUCUGACCUCCAAGGGCACCAGGCGUACGCAUGGUACACAGAAAUGAAUGCAAGCCAAACACUC